AUGAAACAGACAGCUUAUGACUUGAGCGAUAUGCCAGAUGAGCCUCGGAUUGGUGAGUGACAGUCAUUCUUGAUGACAUUUCUACUUGGUUUACAAGUUUUGGAGGGUUUUUGGGUUGUAAAGAAAGUUCUUGCUAUUUUUCAAAUUUAGGGUAAAGUAGUGCGAGAUUAGGCUUAGAUACACAUUUUUAGGCUUAGAUUCACAUUUCUAGGCUUAGGUACACAUUUUUGGGCUUAGGUAUUCAUUUUUAGGUUAAGUACAUUUUUUUAGGCUUAGGUACUCAUUUUAGGCUUAAGUACAUUUUUUUAGGCUUAGAUACUCAUUUUAGGCUUACGUACAUAUUUUAGGCUUAAGUACACAUUUUUGGGCUUAAAUACUCGUUUUUAGGCACUUGUUUUUAGGCUUAGCAUGAGAUAGUGAAGGGUAGGGUAUGGUAUAGUAGGGUAAAGUAGGGUAGAGCAAUGUAGAAUUUUUUUAAAUUUUAAGUUUUCAGCCGAAAAUCUAACCCACUGUCCGAUGAACGGACAACACUCAUGUUGUACUAGACUAAUAGAAGCCGACAUGGAGCGGUUUGCACGUCAGAAGAUUGAACAAUUUGUUCAAUCACACGUUGUUACCAUGAGGAAUUCACUGGACGAAUUUGCUACUGAAUUCAGAAGUGCGUUUUUAAUAUUUUUAUACUUAAAUUUUGAUUUAAAAUUUUUUCUUACCGUAUUUUACCAUUUUUUAAUCUCUUGCACUGUGCAAUGAAAAGACUUGCACGGUGCAGUCAACUUCUUUGCACGGUGCAAAAUUUUGAACUGCCAUUUUUUGGCAGCGGAAAGAAAGUUUUUGCAUAUUGAUUACAGUCAUUUUAAAAUGACUGAAAUUCUCUUAUUUUUACUGCGAAGUAAUUUUUUUACCUGUUCAUUAACAUGUCGUAUCAUCGAUGUCAAGAUUUUGCACGGUGCAGUGAAGAAGCUUGCACUGUGCAGUCAAUUGUUUUGCACCGUGCAAAAGCUAAUUUAAAAAAAAUCAAAAAAAAAUUUUUAUGCAAAUUAAAAUGACGAUAAAAUAAUGUCACAGUUCAUUAAUUUCGAAACUUUUCAGAACACUUUCGUGACGCUUUACGAAGCACGGAACGGCAGCUGGACCGAAUGUUCCACCAAACUUAUGGCUCGUUUUAUAGGGACAAUUCCAAGGUAAGUGGAUGGGAUUACAGUAGAAAAAGUUGAUUUUUUUUAAAGUUUAAAUUAUGGUUUUAAAGUUGAGUUUUUGGGUUACUGUAAUAUUAUUUUUAAAUUUUGGGGCUCGUAAAGAAAGUUUUUGCAAUUUUUUGUUUUUUAAAGAAAGUUCUUGCAAUUUUAUUGCCUGUAAAGAAAGUUAUUGGCAUUUUUUGUUUGGAAAGAAAGUUCUUGCCAUUUAAAAAUUUGUAAAGAAAAUUCUUGCCAUUUUUUGUUUUGUAAAGAAAGUUAUUGCGUUUUUCACAAAAUUUUAAAAAUAUGCAAAUUUAAUGCUUUUACAAUACAUAAUAUACCCAUGUUUACUACCAUAAACAUGUCAAACCCAUAAAUAUCACUUCAGAAGUGCACACCCAAGGCCGCACCCUGCGCUCGAAAAAGGGGAUAAGUGGCGCUUAUUGAAUUAAAAUUAGAUGCGGUUUACUGUGAUCGGAUUACAUGGUAUCUUGUUGCAUAUUGUACACAAGUAUAUCAUGUCAAUAUGAGAUUUUAAAAAAUGGCAAGAACUUUCUUUCCAAACUGAAAAAUGGCAAUAACUUUCUUUACAAAGCGUAUAAUGGAAAGAACUUUCUUUACAAAACCUAAAAAAUUAACUUUUAAAAAAAGUGGAAGCCAAGUGGAAGAUUUUUAAUGUAAUUUGCACUAAAAAUCUUCCACCAAGAUUCCACUCUUAAAAAAGUGUUAAAAAGUUCAUUUUUUGACCAUUUUAAGCUUUUUAUAAAAAUGGAAGUUAAGUGUAAGAUUUUUAGUGUAUUUUGCACUGGAAAUCUUCCACUGAACUUCCACUUUUUAAAACUUUUCAAAAUGCUUUUAGAGUGAAAAAAAGUCAUUUUAAGGUUAUGAAAAUUGAAAAAUUGAGUUUAAAAAGUUAUUUUCAGGUAUUAAAAGUGUCAUUUUCAGGUCUUUUCCGACUUUUUCGACGAAAUUGAUGAGCAAUUUGCGGUGGACGACCCCUCGGCUAGCCUAAAAAGCGCCUUAGGCCUAUUAUUUCGAAAAAUCUUUUUAAUAGAAUUUGGUCUCAUGAAUCCAAUGCGUGACAUCAGCAACGCCGAACGUCAUUGUAUGGCCAGAUUACAGGGCCAGUUGAAGCCGUUUGGCCAGAUCCCAGCCAAACUGGCACUACUCCUGGACCGCACCUUUGCCAUUUGGAAGCUGACCAUUUCGACAUUGGAGAAAGCGUCACAAUUACUGAUAAGACUGGGUGACAAAAUGGUGCUAAAGCCGGAAUGUGUGAACAAGCUGGUACACAUGAAGCAGUGUCAUGUUUGUAGUGGCAUCAAUGUCAAGACCAAGCCUUGUAUGGGGUUUUGUUUGAACGUACUGAACGGCUGUUUCGCUGAAGUCGCUGAAAUUGAGCCCCAAUGGACUGGAUUGAUGGGUGAGUUAUUAGAUUUUUCAUUUUUAGGGGUAAAUUGGGGAUUUGAACAGAAUGCCAAAGAUGGCGGGAAAAGUGAAAUUUGAAAAAUUUUAAAAAUAAAUUAGCUAAAAACGUGCGAUGUCGGAUAUCAGGUGACAUUUUAUAAUUUUAAUUGAUUUAAAAUGUAUUUUGAGCGAUAAUAGCUCUUUGAAACAUUAUGCCAAAAUUGGCGGAAAAAUUCAAAUUUAAAAAUUUUUACAGGUAAAUUUGUUAUAAACGUGUUUCAUCAAUUAUUAAGUGUUAUUUUUUAGUUUUAAGUAAUUUAAAAUCUAUUUUGAGCGAAAAUGACACUUUCAAACACUAUGCCGAAAUUGGCGGGAAAAUUGAAAUUUGAAAAUCAAGGGCCAAAUUUGCUUAUCACAGCACUUUCAACAAUUUUCACGGUUGUUAAAGGGUAGGUAAACACAUUGGAACUGAAAUGUUGAAUUGAAACAUAAUGCCAAAAUUGGCGGGAAAAUUGAAAUUUGAAUUUUUUCACCAAUAUGUGACAACUUAUGAAAACAUUCAAAAAAUGUCUAAUUUUUCAAAAAAUUAGUCAUAACUUUGUCCUAAUUUUAUAAUAACAACCUAUAUAGUAAGCUGAACAUGACCUUACCGAGUCUUUAAUCAUGCGCUGCGUAUAAUUACUGUGCAAAGUAUACGUCCCGCUGAGAGGUCAUCGCCCGGUAAUUACAAAAAACAGUCGUAUAUUUGCAUACCGACUGAUCCGUCAAAACGAAUUCAGAAGACCGCCGAUUGCGCAACACAGUCUGUCGACAUUCUGACUAAUCUCCACUUUGUAAUAAUACCUGUCUUAAGGUAUCUUUUCGUAUGUUACACUGAACAUAAGCCUUUAUAAGCUUAUUACUGCUGUUUACUGUUGAUAUAUGGGUUAUAGCAGCAGUAUGAAAAUUGAAAAAUGAGUCAUUUAAAGGGUAAAAUGCGGCAAUUGUUCUAAGGUUUUGAAAAUUUACGUUUUUUUUGUAAAAAAAUUCAAAUUCCCUUUUUUCCGCCAAAUUUGGCAUUAUGUUUCAAGUUAGUAUUUUAGUUUUUAUGUGUUUAUGGAGCUUUUAGGAACUGUGGAAGUUGUCAUAAAUACUAUGAAAAACAACAUUUGCUUAGAAAUUUUCAAAGUUUAAUAUUCCCGCCAAUUUUGGCAUAGUGUUUCAAGGUGCCAUUUUCGCUUUUAUGGUCUUAUACGAUAUUAAAAAGGUUGUAUAUGUAAAUUUUAUUGUAAAAUACGGCUCCAAUGAUGUAUAUAAAUAGAAAAUUUUGAAUUUUGAGUUUCCCGCCAAUUUUGGUAUUUUGUUCAACUGUUCUAAAACAAUUUUUUUAAAUUUGAAAAACGACAAAUUAGGCAUAAAUAAUCUUAAAAAUCAAUUUUAGAAACACUCCAGCUGAUUUCAAGUCGUCUAAAGUCAGCAAACAAUGUCUAUCAUGUGUUAGCGCCAGUACCAAUCCAGAUCUCCGAGGCCAUAAUGCUGUUUCAAGAGCGUGGUACCACCAUCUCAAAUCGAAUCGUAUUUCAAUGUUUUGAGCCCAAAAUGAGAUUCAGAAGGGCUACAGAGGAAUCGGUUUUGGAUCGACCGGUCGUUGUGAAUUCGCCCGAUAUGGGGCCGAGUUGGUUGAGUGAGAGCUUGACAAGUUUAUAUCGAAAAGGCGAUGGAUUAAAGAGGGAAAUUGGUCGAUUUAAUGAUAGGGUAGGUUUUGGAAAGGCAUAAGCACUAUUUUGAUACUAGGUUGUGCUUGCAAAUGGCAUUUUAGACCAAGUUUUGACUAAUUUUCUUUGAAAAACGCUAGAAAUUAUGAAAAAUAAGGCUUUUUAUACCUAAAAUUAGCCCAAAAUGGCAUUUUUUAUAACCUCAAAACUUAAAAAAUGCAAAAACUUUCUUUCCAAUGCUCUCAAAACCCCAAAAACUUUGUUUCCACUCAGUGUUCCCCGAACUUUUUAUAAUCAAGCGCACCGUUGCUUAACUUGCCAGAUCGGACGGGACCGCGCUUUCGCACUGUGCAAAGAAGGCAAAUGGGGCUGCACGGUGCGGAAAUUGAUGUUUUGGCAAUAAAUUUGUUUACAAUGAUGUAAAACGGCAUUUUUGAAGAUUUUUGAGAUUUUGAAGAAACUUUCUUUACAUUUUUAAAGGUUUUAUAUAGUAUUACAGCCUGAGCUGUUUUUUUUUGAAAAAGCGCAAUAACUUUGUUUACAAAAGGACAGAAAACAUCAUUUUUGAAAUCGCACGGUGCGGAAAUUAACGUUUUGGCAAUAAUUUUGUUUACAAUGAAGCAAUAGUUUUUAAAUAUUUCAGAAUACAGUGAAAUGUCAUACCAGAAUAAUAUCGUGUCUGUUCAUUUACAACGCUGUACUGUUUGUUUACGGCAAAGUAAAAAAGUAAAAAAAUAAAUAUGAUGAUGUAAAAUGGCUUUUUUAUUACUAAUAUAAUAUUCAUUUUUAGCUAAUUUUGAUGAAAGGAGCCUGGCGUCUUCUUCCAACCGCCAUCUGCUCCGAUGGCCAAGUUGCACAGAACGCUGGAGAACAGUGCUGGAACGGUGAAACAACGAGCGGUUAUAAGAAGGCUGUUGUGGCCAGUGGGAUCAAUCCUCAACGAUAUAAUCCUGAAUUUAAGGGUUUUAAUUUGAAUUUGAGCAAAGGUAAGUCUUGUUACCUAAAAAUCAAUUUUUCUGCCAUUUUUAAUUGACAUCUAGUCUAAAAUGAAAUUUUAAAAUAUUUCAGAGACAUUUAUUGAUGAAAGGCUUUCAUUACACUCACUAAGACAACAGUUAUUGAACGUUUUUGAUGGAAAAUCAGCCAAAUCCGAGUCAAUUGACGCCUCAGGGCUUGAAGAGUUGAAUCCUGAUCCGGAUAACCCGGAUGAUGAAGAUAAUGUAAGUUUUUUGUGGAAAAUGGCUUGAACUUUGUUUACAAGAGAUAAAACAGCUAAAACUCUCUUUACAACGCAAAAAUGGCAAGAAUUUUGUUUACAAAACAAAAUAUGGCAAGAACAUUCUUUACAAAACGAAAAUGCCAAGAACUUUUUUUAAAAAACACAAAUUUGCAAGAACUUUCUUUACAAAACAAAAUAUGGCAAGAACUUUCUUUACAAACUUCAAAAUUGCAAGAACUUCCUUUACAUUUUUAAAAAACGGCAUACUUUAAGACUUUAAAAGUCUGCAGGCUGCGGGGGACAUUUUAUACGAUGAUUCCGCUAAAAUUUUAAAAUUGGCAAAAGAGGCAAAUGGCAACAACUUUCUUUACAAUCCAAAGUAGAUUACUACUGUCUUCCGUAUUUUACAUUAAAUUAUAAAAAUUUCUAAUUUCAGUACGAAGGAAGUGCCUAUAGUAACUGUAAUGAUCAUGCAGUAAUGGACGAUGUGAAAAUUCAAUUACUAGAACAACGAUCUGGUACCAGUAGGACUAUUGGUUGUCUUCUGACAUCUAUUGGUCUUUUUUUACUGCUCAGGAUAUUGUAA